AUGAACAUGAAGAAGUGCGAGUCUCUUGUGAGUGUGCGCGGCAAAGGUGCGUACGUUUCGGCUAGACGCUUGUACGGAGGUGCUUGGAUGGGACCUCCCCUGAAAGACUCUGUGAAAUAUCUAGGGGCACACUUGCAAGCGCAGCCCUCUUGCAAACUUGAGGUUACCAAGCGCAUAGCUGCUGCAAGAUCUGCAUUUGCGAUGUUCGCCAAGUUCUUCCGGAGAUCUACAGUGCCCCACCAACGCAAGAUCAUGGUCUUUCGAGCCGUCGUGAACGAGGCGCUCCUUUCAGCACUCGAAGUGAGAGUAUUGAGCCAGAGCGGCCUUGACAAGUUGGAAGCUGCUAGAGGGCUUCUUCUGCUGCGCAUUUUCGGUGUGCGAGGAUUUGGCAAGGUUUCCACUGAGCAGGUCGCAGUUUCUGUUCCGAUUUCCUUGCUGAGACGAGUCUGUGGAUUGGCUGAGGUUGCUACUGAGCUUCGCGUCCGAAGGUUGCUAUGGCUCAGGAGCUCCCUGCUCGCAGAGCGAGACGGCGAUGUUCGAUUGGAAUUGGCUGCGAAUUUCGGGGUUUUUCCAUGGCAAGCCACAGCACCAAUCAACGAAGUUGGACAGCUCACUCCCGCUGCUCCAGCGUUUCUGUCAAUCCUAGACGGCGACCUUCGUGCCCUGCUACCGAGUUGGAAAGGCUUUGUGGCAGGAUGGAAGGAGAACUUUUUGCAGACAGCAGAGUCCAGCAUUCGAGACAUGAGGGGUACCUUUGGUGAUGCUUCGCUACCCCAGUCUCUGCAGCAGCCGUGCACUAGAACAUCGCGCGAGCCAUCGCGCGGCCCUAGGAGCAAUAGGGAUGCAACGCGACAACCCUCUCUGCAGAUUGUUGAGUCUCCGGCUGAAGUAGUGCGCUCACUCAGGGUUCUCAGUGAUGGCGCAAUACCAGACGCUGACGAGGAGUUGACAGACCAACAAUGGCUGGCUGGAGUAUACUGCGGGCAUUGUGCCCAUGGCCCUUUUCAUUCAACUAAAUCUUUCGCUUCGCAUGUGGUCAUCAAACAUGGUGUGCGACAUCGCAUUCAGACCACGGCUUGCCCCACUUGUGGCAGACAGUUCACAAAGACAUCAGCGUGCAGGAGGCAUGUUGCUCAACUUUCGUGCAAUAAGCACGUGGUGAACCAUGGGCGUGCAGGAGCUUUAGCAGGGAUGCGAGACAUGUUUAACCGCCAGGCAGCUGAAACAGCUCGUGUUGAUGCCAGCGUGACAGGUGUGGGCUCAAGUCACGCGUCAUCUGCUAGCGCCUCAGUCCUUCCCGGCAGUGUGGAUGGCAAUGCUGUCGUUCAUGGCAGACGUGCAAGAGCCCAGCCCCACAGUUGCGGCUCCACUCAAACGGCAGCGUCCAGACGCGAAGCAUUCCGGGGGACAAGGUGGCAAAGGGUCCAUGGAAGAGCAGGUGACACAGUUGGCCAAGCAGCUCAAAGCAGUGGUGAAGAUCGUAGGGCAGCACGACAAGGACCUCCGCGAGCUCGAAGCCUGGAGCUGCCACACUUUUUGCUGCCCAAAGAGACCGACUUGUCCAAUGCCCUCUUGGCGUCCAUGGCGGCGUGGAAGGCUCGGAUUCCAGACAAGGGCCCUCAUCCUCUGGGUGCUCCUCGCCGGACGGUCGCUGGGACAGUGGCGCAAGAGCUGUUGAAAAAUGAGGAGCAUCAUGAGAGGCUUGCCCGCUUCAAGGCGUUUCAUGGCAAGCUUACCUCACUUCCAGACAUGGAGCAAUCCAUUCAGCUGGCAAUGGCUCGCGAGACUCGUGACGGACAUGUUUUGCUCAAACUUCGUCCGCAGGCUUUGGCGCAGGCUGAGUGGACAGAAGCCGUCGCCCUCCUUACCGAACUGAUUUCCCAACAGGGAGGUGAGAAGAAAAGUGGUGCAGCGCCGCCGGGCUCGCUUGUACGACAGCUUGGCGCGAAGCCGGAAUCUUCCUGA